AUGAAAAAUGAAAAGGAAAUCACACUUAGAGGAAAGAACAUUCCCAACCCAAUUCAAUACUUCACUGACUACAAUUUCCCAGACUAUGUAAUGGCUGAAAUCCGUCGACAGGGCUAUGAAGCACCUACACCUAUUCAGGCACAAGGCUGGCCUAUUUCAUUACAAGGAAGGGACUUUGUUGGUAUUGCACAGACUGGCUCAGGAAAGACCCUGGGUUACAUUCUACCAGCCAUCGUUCACAUCAAUCACCAACCAUAUUUGGAACGGGGAGAUGGCCCUAUUGCGCUCAUUUUGGCUCCCACAAGAGAACUUGCCCAACAGAUCCUAACAGUUGCACAAGACUUUGGUUCAUCUUCAAAGAUCCGCUCCACGUGUGUGUUUGGUGGUGCACCCAAAGGACCACAGAUUCGGGACUUGGAACGAGGGGUUGAGAUCUGUAUUGCCACACCAGGACGUCUCAUUGAUUUCUUAGAAGCAGGAAAAACCAACCUUCGCCGUUGUACAUAUUUAGUACUUGAUGAGGCAGACCGCAUGCUGGACAUGGGCUUUGAACCACAAAUCAGAAAAAUUGUAGAGCAGAUUCGGCCUGACCGACAAACUCUUAUGUGGUCUGCAACUUGGCCCAAAGAGAUCGUAGACGUUUGUCAAGAGAUGGAGAAAGAUACAAAACUCCGGCAGCUACUUGAAGAGAUCAUGGCAGAAAAGGAAAGCAAGAUCAUCGUGUUUGCAGAAACAAAAAGAAAAGUGGACGAUUUGACCAGGCGAAUGAGACGCGAAGGGUAA